AUGCCGAUGAUGCCCACUACCCGUCACCACUCUUCAGAAGUGGGCAGGGCUGCACCAGCUCCAGGAGUAAAGCCCCAACCAGGAAUGAGUCACCCUGCUUUGGCUCAGGAGGACGCAAUUGCUUUUUUCAGUGGGGACAACACUCUAGUCACUGGUUGGAGCACAGGAGAAGGGCAGGCAGGGCUGGAGAAUGUCACCAGGCCUUCGUGGGGCCGCAUUGGGGGAGUCGAUUGGCCGAUUCCUGGCAGCACCUACAAGGCGCUCAUAGGCUUGUGGAACAAGCAGCAGCUCCCACUGGGGAUACCCGGACUUGAGGAAGCUCAAACCAUCUUUGUUCCACAGGGUUCAAAGCCCAAGCUCCAGGCUGCUUGUUCUUCCAUUCAAGAGAUCCGGAGAUGCACCCGCCUGGAAAUGCCCGACAACCUCAACACCUUUGUCCUGAAGGUGAAUAAUUCAACCGACAUCAUCUUCGAGACGGGGGAUGAGCAACAGCUGAAUUCUUGGACCACAGAGAUAAGAGAAUGCAUGAACCGAGGGUCAGAAGGAGCUGAGCUAGAAUCGCAGGCGCCUUCCCUUCUGGACCCUGGUUUAUCCAACUCUCCCACCGGGAGUACCGACUCCCUUAACCAAGGUGCCUCACCUGGUGGGCUGCUUGACCAGGCCUGUCAGAAAACGGACCACUUCCUGUCCUGCUACCCCUGGUUUCACGGCCCCAUCUCCCGAGUGAAGGCAGCUCGGCUGGUGCAGUUACAGGGUCCUGCGGGGCACGGGGUGUUCCUGGUCCGGCAGAGCGAGACGCGACGGGGGGAGUACGUCCUCACGUUCAACUUCCAGGGCAGAGCCAAGCAUCUCCGCCUGUCGCUGACCGAACAAGGGCACUGUCGGGUGCAGCACCUGCACUUCCCCUCCAUCGUGGACAUGCUACAUCACUUCCAGCGCUCCCCCAUCCCCCUCGAGUGCGGGGCCGCCUGCGACGUCAAGCUCUCCAGUUACGUGGUGGUCGUCUCCCCCACCCCAGGUUCAAGCAACACCGUUCUGCUGCCUUUCUCCGUCCACCGCUGGAGCUCUGAAUUGGGCCUUCCUCCCCUUAGCUCCUCUGGCUGCGCCCACAUGCUUAUCCCCGAGGACCUCCCGCCCUCCAGGUCCUCUCCCUCGGAGCAGAUCUUCCACCUGCUGCCCCCACCUGAGGAACUGGCCAACAGCCUACGGCACCUGGAGCAGGCGGCGGAGCCUGCGAGCCAAGCCCGGGGGGACUCCGAUUACGAGAUGGAUUCCCCCAACCGGGGGCACGUGCGGGCCAUAGACAAUCAGUACACGCCUCUCUGAAGGAGGCCGGCCCUGGCGGCGCCCCCCCUACACCCCCCUGCUUGGCAGCCUCCCCCACCUCACGGAAGCAUCAUGCACUUUGACCUGUAGAGUUGGGGACUUCUGAAUGUACCUCUAUCUUUCUUCUUGCUAGACAGAGACUGUACAAAGGAUGUUGUUGAUUGUUCAUUCCAGUUUGGAUGCGACCCUAUUAGGCCUGUUAAAGGGCCUGUUGUUUAAUCCUCUUACUCUUGUUUUUAUUCUACAACUUUCUAAUUCCUGUUUACAGAAAUAGUUGCUGUUGAGUUGCCCACAUCCACAGUGCUUGGAGUCCAGGGAGGGGUCCCUCGGGGCAGCCAUGGAGCGCCCCGUCCCCCACUCCCCACCCGGGCCAGUGGUUCCGGCUGCACAAAAGUGCCCCCAAGAAUGACUUAGGACAAGGAGGGAUCCAAAUGAGCUAAGAGACGAGGACCAGAGGCCGUGGCAGAAAACAUACUUUCUCUUUCACAGACAAACGGGCAAAGACAACUGUACCGAUUUCUAAUAAGUGGGUCAGGAAACCCUAAACACUAAUGCCCCAGAAUACAAACCCCGUGUCACCAGCUAAGGAAGAGGAAAAGGCGGGACAGCCAUGUCUCCUGCCAUCGCUCACCAGUGCUUUGGCUAACCCUGCUUCCACUUGAGGCUUACGUGGAAAGUUAACAUGAAAACAACAACGACAAAAACAUUUUUACCUCAGAUGAGUUCUUCAAGGAGGUUUCUAACCUAAACGGUUGCUUGCUUUUUAUUGCACUGUUUAGACUAAUAAAAAUGCUAUUUUUGUAGUUAAAAGAGAUAUGAAAAUGUUACUUCGCUAGUUCAUGGGCACAUUUUGGUCCACUAUGGAAUUCUCAGGAAAAAUCACUUUUCUAUUCUAAAAAAAUGACCAUGGGCUACCAUCAGAAACAAACCGAGAAAAGUGAAGUGUGUCACACCUUGAGGGAAACGAAAGUUAUGACUGCCUUGGGAGGACAGCGGGGAAGAAGUUCUAUCCCUGUGCCUUAUUUAUAAAGAACUGGCUCCUAUUAACUUCUCAGUAGGCAUUAGGAGGGAUGGGGGGGAUCGUAGCUCCUAGACUUUUUCACUAAAGGUAAGGGGGUACCUGUAGUUUUUCCCACAAUCCCAUGAAUGAGUUAUUUUUAUUGUAGGACCUAAAAUGGAAGCUAGGAUUUCAGGGCCAUGGCCAGUAAGACUGUGUAAAGUACUCAGUGCAUAAUAAACUUCCUGUUCUAUUUGCAAGCCAGCCAGUCACUGCUUAAUUGAUAUUUUUUGGUGAAGCGGGGAUGUGUGGAGACACACAGAAACAAGCCAGACACCUCUGAAUCUCAAUGUUCAUACUCUCGACCUGUCCUUUUCCUUUGACUAACUAGAUAAUUCUCAAGGGUGGAGACCCAGCCACAGCAACAGAAUGGAGACAUCUCACUGUUCUUCCAACCCAGAAUUUAGGUAGCCACCCUCUCAUGCUAGGAUGAGGGGGGGGGGGGGGGGGGGAAGAGACACUCCAGAAGCUAAAAUCAAAUGUUUGCCAACAUCAGACACAUGCGAUUUUGUAAAUCUAAACGUGAAGAUCUAAUGUUGCUUUUAGAACAUUUUAUAGGACACGUUAAUAGAAUUCCUAACCAUUAUAGCUUUCCCUUUCCUCUGGGUUGUGGGAGAAUAAUUUGACCCUAUGGGGUACUUUUAAUGGUGGCUAGUUAACUUGAUAAUAUUCAAGUCUAUCUAUCAGCCGGACUAUAACCCCAAAUUUAGCUCUAGAGUUAUUGUGAGGAAAGUGCUAUAGAGACAGAAGCAGUUUUCGUUCUUCUCACUGGAAUGAGGAUCGAAGAAAGAGCUGUCCCUGACCCCAGUGAAUACUAGAGAUUGUGGCUUCUGUUUCCAAGGCCUCCUUCCUCACCUACCCAAGAUCUUUCCAUUGACAACUCGGUACACUACACUACGUAUGAACGUGAUCAAAGGCUCUAAGCAAUGUUUCAAAUAAUCUCUUCCAAUUUGGCAGUGAAUCAAGGCUCAGCCUUGAAGCCAGGAAGCCCCAGAGUUCAUGUCUUGCCUCAGACACAUCCUGGCGGUCACUCACCUCCUCAGGGCAACAAGUGCAGAGAAGGUGCCACGGCUUACAUUAGUAAAGGGAUCUUCCUCACCUGGGAGAACCCUCUACUCAAUGAAAUCACAGGGCCAGGCCAUUCCAAAAGAGAAAAAAUCCUCAUAAAACAUUAGAGGUGGCGAGUCAAUGAUGACAACUCCCUGGGAAAGAAUCUUUCUCCUUCCUGCAAUUCUUUCUAGGUUUUGCAUGGCUUCUUCAACCUGGGUUAUCACCAUACGAGUCUGCCCCUCCAGCUACACACUCUUGUGUGUAUUGAGAAGGAAUUCAUCUUGAGCCAGAGAAACCAGCCUCCAGUCCCUUGUACUCAUCAAAUCCUCACAGAACAGAACUGAUAGAUAUUUGCAGUUAGAACUUGGAUUCCUUGAAAAAGGGUAGGCCCUCUCAUUCAACCAUAUGCCCACACUGCUUCAAUACAAAAUCAUUCAAACUUUCAAUUCUCCGAAGGCUCCCACUCCCUGAUUCAACAGCUUGAAUGUAUUAUCUCACAAAAAGUGAGAUUUUUAGGCCUACAAAAGGUGACCCUAAACUGCUGCCAUCUCUUUCUUCUACCACAGUUUCAGCUGGAGAAAAUGGAGUAUAUGUCCUUUCUUGGCAGGCAGAUGUUCUGCCUCAAUGGCAUUCAUAGCAUUCUCCUUCUCUAGACAACUUCCCGAGGACAAGCAUGACCGCCAAAUGGAGAGCCUUCUCUGUAGCUCCUGCCACACCUGCCAUCACACCAAGUGUCCUUCCUCAAACCACCUUUAUUCUGAGCAACACGGUUCUUGAAAAACACACAAACCAACAACUUUUCUGAAGACCCCUAAAGAUGAGCAUCACGUUUCUGAGAAUAGUUUCAGUGUCUACGAUACUAUUCAACCCAUUUUUCCUAACUGUAGUGAAGAGAAUCAUUGUAGCAUCAAUUACAUUUUGUCUCCCGACAUUCUCUACCCUGUGUUUCUGGUAUCUCUGUAUCUGGUCUAAGACUGGACAAAGCAAUUCAAAAGGGGGGAAAAAAACCCCAACAGCACCAAAGAAUUAAGCCCACUAACCUGCCUUGAAUUCUAGACCAGCAAUCCAAAUAGUUUUAUCUGGUAAAAAUCCUCUGCCUCUGUUAAUUUCUGGACUCUUGGUACAGAGGAAUAACAACCAUUUUUAAUGUUGUGGACCAGAGAACACUAUUUUUUAUAUAACAUUUACUUAGCUUGCAAAAUUAUCAUGGAUGGUUCCAUCCUAGGCCAUUACCUUCAUGGUUUCCACCCAUGGCUUGUUCUAUCUCUACAGAUGUUGGUGGCGCUCCCCCCUUCCCCCACAAGCAAUGGGGGCUCAACAGUGUACUCCAUUAUCCUUAGUCUUUUACCCAAAAUGCAUUUUCAAUCCAGCAUUUGUUGGGCUAGAAUGAGUGGUGCAUUCUUUUAGGUAUAAAAAUGUACUUAACAAAACACAAUAAAGUAGAUUCAUCUUGUAUCUUUAAAACAGAGAGCUCUUGACAUAUUUGUCAUGUACUUCAAUAUUCCUGUGAGAGCGGUUAGCCCACGUGACAUCUGUAAUGACAGAACAGGGCCCCAGGGGAAAGUAUGGAUGAAUUGUAAUCAAUUGAAUAACUUAUUCUGGAAUGAUACAGAUUUGCUAUAAUGUACAAACUGCUAAAUGAAUAAAAACAUGUUUUGAGAA